AUGAAACCCAGUUCUCUCAGAUCUUAUUCUGUCGCCGAAUCUUAAAAAUCCAACUCUGAACGAAAAGAUAGUAUCACCACAGUACAGCAAAAAACUCUAAGUACUGUCCAGAAAGCAAUGACUCGCCAAGAUAAAGCUAUACUCAUAGUAAUUUUAUUUUCGAUUUUUGUUUCCUGGACACUAUAUGGGAAUAUUGCAACUUUUUAUCCACCAUAUAGACUUGAGAAGCACAAGUCUCUAAGUGAUACUUAGGUUGGAAUAGUAUUGUCGUAAAAUAUUAGUCAAUUCAUUACUUUUAGUAUGUUUGAAGUAGGAGUUCUAAUAUCAUCUCCAAUAAUAGCUAUUGUAUUACCGAAAAUAGGAAGAAAAAAUUCUAUUAUUAUUGGAUAACUUACUUGUAUUUCAGCUUCAAUCGGAUUUGGACUUUUAGUUUUUAUUUCUGAUGAAUUGAUACAAGGGAUUGGAGAUGCUUGUAUUAGUAAUGCGGGUUUGUCAAUAAUUUCAUCAGAAUUUCCUUCAAAAAGAGAACAUAUGUACGGCUAUGCAGAGUCCUCUAUUGGAGCAGGUCUAAUGAUUGGCCCUGUUAUUGGUCAGGCUUUAUAUUCUAUAUUAGACUUUGAGUAUACAUUUUUCUGCUCUGCUGCGAUUGUUGGAACGUCUUUAAUAUUAACAUUGGUAUUAAUACCCUAAAGAAUAAACAACACAAGUUCUAAUGAGAGAGAUAGCAUAACUUCCUCUUAAAGAGCUGAAAAUGAUAAAAGAAUAUCAUAUAAGAUGAUGAUAAAAAACAAAAGAGUUAUGAUUGCUUGCAUAUCUGUAAUUAUUGCAAUGGUUUUCAUGCUUUUCUUUGAAACAAUUUUAGCUGACUAAUUACUAGCUAUUGGUGUCUCUAAAGACCACGUCGGUAAUUUAAUCAAAUUUGAUUUCAAAAUUUUGAGAUUAGGAUAUAUAUAUUCAAUCAUGUCUUUGGUUUACACAGUAUUUUCCCCUUUUGUUGGAUUUUUUUGUGAUAAAUUAAAAAAGAUUUACAUCACAUAAUUCUCAUUCUUCCUAGCAACGAUUGCAUUAAUUUUCUAUGGACCUUCAAAAUUACUUGGAUUACCAGGGUAUUUAUAUUUCAAAUAAUCUUAAAUAAUUAGAACUCUUCCAUUCAUGAUUGUUGGAAUGAUCCUUUUAGGUUUUGCUUGUCCCUUGAUAAUAGUGCCAUUACUCCCAGAAAUAAUUGAUGCUGUAAAAGAAAAAGAACAAAUAGGGGAAAAUAAUGAAUUAAAUGAUAAAGCUUCAAGUUUUUUCAAUAGCUCUGUUGCCAUUGGAAGUUUGACAGCCCCUAUUUUGGGUGGUCUUUUCAAUGAUUUAUAUGACUUUAGAAAUACAUGUGAUAUAAUGGCUAUAAUGAGUUGUGCUUAUGCUAUAAUCUUUUUCUUGAUUAACUUAUUACCAUUCUGGAUAAGUCUUAGAAAUUCCAAGUAAACAAAGAGAAAAUUAUAUAAGAAUUUCGACAAUAGUACAAAUUAGAAUGGGGACUAUAAGACAUUUGAAUCAGAGAAAUGGCAAUUUACAGCUCGAUCAAAAGUCACCAAAGACGAAUCAUUCAAUAACUAACUGAUGAGCUCUAAAUUGUCAAAAAUGUCUAAUGAAAAAAUAAAAGAUCAAGCACUCUUCGAAAAAAAUGAAAAAACCUAGAUCUGA